UCGCCACUUUAGAGUGCCCGCACCCGCCACCCUGGUCAAUUUUGUUUGGGUUUGAGGCCAGACAGAGGAGUCAUUAAUUUUAAACAAAGGACCACGCUUCAGGACAUUCAUCCCAGGUCGGACAAAGCCGCGUCUCGCUUUCCCCAGGGCCGAGUGAAAGUUUCUCGCCUUGUCGCAGUUUAACAUCCGAGGCGACCGGUCAUGAAUAAGCGCAACCAUAUCCGCCUGCCGCCGGAGGUGAAUCGGCUGCUGUACGUGCGGAACCUGCCGUACAAAAUCACCUCCGACGAGAUGUACGACAUUUUCGGCAAAUUCGGGGCCAUCCGACAGAUACGCGUGGGCAACACUCCGGAAACGCGUGGCACCGCCUUUGUCGUCUACGAGGACAUCUUCGAUGCCAAGAACGCCUGCGACCAUUUAUCCGGCUUCAAUGUGUGCAAUCGCUACCUGGUGGUGCUCUACUACCAGUCCAACAAGGCCUUCAAGCGCGUGGACAUGGACAAGAAGCAGGAGGAGCUGAACAACAUCAAGGCCAAGUACAAUCUGAAGACGCCGGAGGCUCCUUAGAGGCGGCAGAGGGGACACCAUUUCCACCCAACCAACUUUCCACCAGUUUAGGGAACUUCUCGCUCUACUUAUAUGUGUAUACCAAAUUUUUGCUAUCUACUUGUAGAUUUUUUUGAUCGCAUUUUUGUAUCAUUUGAAUCUAAUCAUUAUCAUCCAUCCAUCACUCCAUCUAUCAUAUGAACGGCCGGAGAUCGCGGAGCGCAGCCAUUUGCGCAACGCAAUCCGACUGUUUGCCAUCAUUUGACGACAUUAAGACACUCUCUCAUCAAAAUAACAAGCAAGUAAAGUAAAAAUACAAAAAAAUUGAAAAACUA